AUGGGAGGAGUUGACAUGAGCCGCGACUACUACGCGGACCUGGAGCUUCCAGCGAACUCCGACGUGAACGAGAUCAAGAAACAGUUCCGGAAACUUGCUCUCAAGUAUCACCCCGAUCGAAACCCGGGUAGAGAAGCCGAAGUCAACUCCAAGUUUCAGAUGAUUCAGUCGGCCCACGAGGUCCUGACCGAUCCCGACUCGAGAGCCAAGUACGAUGCUGGAAGAACACGAUCGAGAUACCCAACUGCUUCUGGAGUGAGGGGCAAUCCAUGGCAGAACGCCGGCUCCAACUUCCCGCCUCCGCCUCGUCGCAAUGCCACCUCAACGGCUCGUAACCCGCCGUCGUCGGGAGCGAAUAGGUACCGCAACUUUGCCUCGGGUGCAGCUCCCACGGCCAAGGCCCAGCAGCAGAGUGACCCAGAGGCGAAACGGAAUGCCUGGCAUGCCUUCGAGAACAUGAGGGGCAAAGCGAGCCAGUCUCAACCAAAGCCCAAAAACGAACCCCCGGAGCCCCCUAAGCGACCUGUGCCACGAACACCCUCCCAAAAGCAGCGAGCAGAGGCCGCCUUUGGAGCACGCAAGGGAGGUUAUGUGCCUCACUCGCCUGUUCCUGGUGACGAGCCUCCAGUCAACGCCUCCAAUUACUCCACGACCAACCGUCACUCCAACAUCUUCGCCGACAAUGCCCGCAGACAAGGUGUCCCAGACCCUCUUGCCCAAUUCCGUGAGGGCUACGCAGACAGUCGGCAGAGCACACCUUACUCCUCGCACGGAGGAGAGAAGACAAACCCGUUCGAUGGGGUGCCUAUCGGACGAGCCAAGAGCACUCGUGAAACUCCUCGGCAGCCCGAGGAAGGGUUCGGGCCUAACCUAUCACCCGGAAGCGCUCGUCAACGUGCACAGAGUGUUCCGCGUCAGGCCAGAACUGAGCCUUCAAGUCCUCGAACGUCCUCGACGCCACAAGACGACCGACCGAACACCGCGACCGCUACGGCAGCUAACUCACCCAAGGACCCCUUCAGAUCCAGAGCUAGCGCGAGAUACACGCCGCCGAAUGCGAACCCUGGCUUUGCUCAAGAUGGCGGUCACCCCAAGCCAGCAACGGCUACUGAUGGAAAGCAACAGGCAUCUUCAAUGUACGGCACUUCUCAUUAUUCAACUUCUUCUUUCGCUUCAUAUAUCAAGCCGAACUUUACAUACGGCAAGCAGCCUUCGCCCGUGAUUUGGGAGGAGCCGACGAAACAGCAUCAGAGCCAGAAAAGCGAAAUGUCGUCCUCUGCGUCAUCUUCUCCCAGUGGAGAUAGCUUGAGAAGUCACUCCCUUACACCAUUUGAGCGCAAGCAGGGCGAGCUUCUGAGUAGGCUGGUUAAGAGACAAGCUCCGGAACUAACCCCGCUUGGACGCGAGAAGCGCCAGAUCACCACUUCAAAACAGAAUCCCAGUCCAGUGCAUCAAGCUGACAGAAGUGACUCUACUAGCUUCAACUUCUCCAUCGACGAUGAUACCUUCACUCGCACCGAACCCGAGCAACCUUCAAUCAGCCGGCGAAGCACAGACGAUAUUAACACCAGGUUUGUCAACAACGAUGGAUCUGAGGCCUACCAAUUCAGUGCCGGAAGCCCUGUUCAUGACGCCCAGGGCCGUUCUCAGUCUGGAAGCCGCGUAGGUCGUCGAUCACCGAUUAAGCGUCCGACCUUGCGACACCAGAAGGACUUUGCCGGUCAGCCUACAGGAUCGCCCUCGUCCGAAGGUAAAUUUGAUGCUCAGGACUGGACCCAGCAGAUUGGCGCCCAAAACUUUGCCCCGUCCGUGUCUACCUCCCCGACACGCACCACUCGAUCCAACUCCCGCAAGGCAAAGGUGAAGCCCACGGCUGGUAGCGCCGGCUUGGUGAACGAUGAAUAUGACAGUGAUGAGGAUGGUGAUUGGCGAGGCCGCAAGACUACUGCAGAGCCAGUUGGCGCGAAGAGCCCGAACGCCAUGGAUAUUGAUCCCCCACAGGCCGGAGGCGCCCCGAAUGCUGCUCAGUCAAACGGCGCGAGGAACAUCCCGGUUGAGCCUUCUCGCCCGGAAUGGAGGCCUGGUAACGUCAAUGGAGUGAUGGAAACCGCACCUAAGUCUACAGUGCGGAAGCCUGACUUCAACCCCAACGCCGCAGGCUCUGAGGAUAGUGAAGAGUUUAGGGCCAGCUUUGCAGAUCUCAAGAACGUGGCGCCGUUUGCGCAAACUGCUUCCGGACUUGGUUCCUUGGGUGACCUCAAGAUGAACCUUCCCUUCGAAAGCCAGCCAUCUAGCAGCAUUCCUAUCGAGAAAGAAAAGAAGCCGGCACUUGAAUUUCCGGUGGUGCCCGUGGCACCGCGCCCUCCUCCUACCUUUGCGGUCGGUCUGAAGCCAACGGGCGGAGCUUGGCAAAAGUACAUCCAAGACUUUCAAAGCUAUGUUCUCAGAUGGGAAAUCUUCAACGCUCAGGUUAUCGAGCAUUUCAACGCCCGCAAGACAAACAUUGCCGAUCUUCGAGCCCGCAAGGGCUACGACUUCAUAGCCUCUCGUGGCGACGAAGAGCUGAUGGAGUACCUCGACUGGAUGCAACAGGACAAGGAGGUGCGGAGAAAAUGGGCUUUGGCAUGCGAGGACCACGAAGCACGCAUCCGAGAGUUCAUGCUGUAUAAGAGCAAGAUGAAAUGA